AUGAAGGGGGCCCACUGGAGGAGUUUCCCCUGGGUGCUCCUGUGCUCCUUCCUCCUUGGGCCAUCGGACACCAACACAAAGACAUCCCCUCAGGGUGCAGCCACCAGCACAGCAAUACCUCCUCCUUCUAAAACCUCUCUGACUCUUACAACCUCUGCUCUCUCCACAUCCACAAGUUCCCGCCCAACAACUUCCCCACGCCCUGUCCUGGUUGGGCAAGGUGUUCCCCUCUUCCCUUAUGGGUCCAGCUCUGGAGACCUGCAGUUGUCUAUCAGGACUGUGGACUUCACCUCGCAGCUCUUCAAGCUCCAGAUUGGCUUCCCACUUGGCUUCUCUCUGCGGGAUUCUCUCUACUUCACAGACAAUGGCCAGAUCAUUUUCCCCAAGUCAGAUUACCAGAAGUUCUCCUACCCCAAUCCACCUCUAGGAGGCUUCACAGGAAGGGAACCUGUGGCCAUGGUGGCUCCAUUCUGGGAUGAUGCUGACUUUUCCGGCGGCAGGGGAACCAUAUUUUACCAGGAAUAUGAGACAUUCUAUGAUGAAUACAACCCGACAGUUCGGCAGGUGGAGACUUGGAUUGAAAAGUUCACAAACACCUGGAGCUAUAAAGCCAAGUGGACCCUCAAGGUCACAUGGGUCGAUGCCCCUGCCUAUCCUGCCCAGUGGACCUUUGGAACCAACACCUACCAAGCCAUCCUCUCCACAGAUGGGAGCAGAUCCUAUGCCCUGUUUCUCUACCAGAGUAAUGGGAUGCGGUGGGACCUAACCCAGCGCUGGGGCAAUGGGGUCCUCAUGGGCUUCUCCAGUGGAGAUGGGUAUUUUGAAAACAGCCCACUGAUGUCCCGGCCAUUGUGGGAGAAGUAUCGUCCGGACCGAUUCUUGAAUUCCAAAUUAGGCCUCCGGGGGCUGCAGGUCUACAGGCUGCACGGGGAAGAAAGGCCCAACUACCGUCUCAAGUGCCUCUGGUGGUUAAAGAGCCAGCCUCAGUGGCCCAGAUGGAACUGGAACCAGAUCUCUUGCCCUUGUUCCUGGCAGCAGGGGCGAUGGGACUUACGGUUCCAGCAGGUCAACAUAGGAUGGUGGGACUUCCGCGGAAGACACUUGUGCAGCUUCUCCUCCUGGCGUGGUGGCGUGUGCUGCAGCUAUGGGCCCUGGGGAGAGUUUCAAGAAGGCUUUCAUGUGCAGGGUCCUUGGGAGAUUGACAAGGAACUGGAGACACAGAACUGGUGCUGCCGCUGGAACGACAAGCCCUCCUUCUGCAUCCUGUACCAGCAAAGGCGGCCCCGCGUCAGCUGUGCUAGAUACACACCCCCGCGGCCCGCCUGGAUGUUUGGAGACCCCCACAUCACCACCUUGGAUGGUGCCAAUUAUACCUUCAAUGGGCUGGGGGACUUCCUGCUGGUCCGAGGCAGGGAUGGAAACUCCUCCUUCCUGCUGCAGGGCCGCACUGCCCAGACAGGCUCAGCCAGGGCCACCAACUUCAUCGCCUUUGCUGCUCAAUAUAAUUCCAGCGGCCUGGGCCCCAUCACAGUUCAGUGGCUCCUUGAGCGGGAAGACACAAUCCAUGUUCUGCACAAUAACCAGAAUGUGACAUUUGAGACCAACCGUGAAGACCCAGAAGGCCCAGAGAUAUUCAACACCACUGGAGUCCUACUGACCCGCAAUGGCUCCCAGGUUUCAGCCAGCUUUGAUGGGACGGUGGCCAUUUCAGUCAUCGCUCUCUCCAACAUCCUCCAUGCCUCCUCUAGCCUCCCAGAGGAGUAUCGAAACCACACAGAGGGGCUCCUGGGGGUAUGGAACGACAAUCCAGAAGACGACUUCAUGAUGCCCAAUGGCUCAGCUGUUCCCAGAAACAGCUCUGAGGAGACACUUUUUCACUAUGGAAUGACCUGGAAGGUCAACGGAUCAGGCCUCCUUGGCAAAAGGAUCGACCAUCCGCCUUCCAAUUUCACCCCUGUCUUUUAUGACCAACUCAUAAACAAGUCCUUGAAUAAACUUUUGAUCUCGGAGUGUAAUGGAGAGAGGCAAUGCAUCUACGACUCCCUGGCCACAAACAACACAGACACCGGGCUGCACACCAAGAUGCUCUUUAGAAGCUACCAGCAGAUGAACACCUCCAUCAAUGAGUACCCGCCCUUUAUAGAUGGUUGCCAGGAGAUCGAAGCCUACAGGGGGCAGACCAAGAGAAUUCAAUGUACAAGCAACUCUCAGGAUGUCACUUUCACCCUCAGAGACCACAAUCCUGACAUGAAUCUCUUUGAGAAUGGUACUCUGCUAUGGACACCAAAGAUGCUGGAGCCAUUCACUCUGGAGAUUCUAGCAAGAAAAGCCAAUGUUAACUUGUCAUCUGUACUCCAGCCCAAGACUGUGGUCUGCUUUUGCAGUGCAGAGAGCCAGUGUGUAUACAAUCAGACCAGAUGGGUGGGCAAUUCCUCCAUGGAGGUGGCCAGCUGCAAGUGUAAUGGGGAGACCUUCGGCCAGUACUGUGAACGCUCCAGGGAUCCAUGUGACGAGCAGUGCUUCCCGGGUGUGCAGUGCCAUCCUGGGGUGGGCUGUGGGGCCUGCCCUCCACACAUGACCGGGGACGGACAUCACUGUGCAGCUGUGGAGGACACUUUUGCCUGUUGGAACCAUUCCUGUCCUGUAAAUUACUGCUACAACCAUGGCCACUGCUACAUCUCCCAGACACUGGGCUGCAAGCCCACUUGCACCUGUCCCCCAGCCUUCACUGACGACCGCUGCUUAGUGGCUGGGAACAAUUUCACUCCAACCGUCUAUAGAGAGCUUCCCCUCAGAAUCAUCCGGCUCUUUCUCACUGAAGAACAAAACGCCUCCAUCACAGAUGUCAAUGCCUCGGUGGCAUACCGACUAGGGACCCUGGACGUGCGGGCCUUUCUCUGGAACAGUCACGUAGAACAAACCUCUCUCCCAGCAUCAGCCUCAGGAAAAUCCAUUCAGCAUUGGUUGGUCACUUCGGAGUUCCAGUACCGUCCUCGGGGCCCCGUCAUACACUUCCUGAAUGAGCAGCUGCGGGAGGCCGUGGUGGAGGCCUUCCUCUUCCCAGUAACCUCAGAGAGUUGGAAGAGUCAGGAGCCCCGCAUAGAUGUUGUCUUCCACCCCAUCUCCUGGGAAGAUGUGCGGGAUGUGAUGGCUCUGAACCUGAGCAUGCUGGAUGAUUACUUCAAAUGCAAUGGCUACAAGAACUAUCACCUUGUCUACAGCCCCCAAAGUGGCGUCACUUGUGUAUCCCCAUGCACUUUAGGCUACUGUCAACAUGGAGGCCAGUGCCAACACCUGCCUAAUGGACCCCGCUGCAGCUGUGUGCCCUUCUCCAUCUACACGCCCUGGGGCGAGCAUUGUGAACACCUGAGUAUGAAACUCGGCGCAUUCUUUGGGAUCCUCUUUGGGGCCCUGGGAGCCCUCCUGCUGCUGGGGAUUGUGGCUUUUGUGAUCCUGCACUUCUGGCGCAGCUCCAGAACCAGGAGCUCCUACCCGCUGGACUCGGAGAGUUGA